AUGUGGCACCUACUGACGUUUAGCAAGCUGCCAUCUCACGACACGAUGGAUAAUAUCUUUCCUGAUUGGCACAUCAAAAACGUCACCAGCCAAUACCAUGAAACCUUUAUUUUCAUUGUGAAAAUCUGUAACAGGAAUCACCACGUCCUGAUAGAGACCUACAACAUUAAAUCAACAGUGAGCCAAACAGCCCAGUACUCUACAAUGACGAAUGGGUUACUCGUGACCAACUUGCUCAAUAACAUUUGCGAACAGCAGUGGGUUUCCAUGAAUACUAUAAAAGGUCAAAUCUUCAGCACUGUACCCAUUUCCCUGUCAGGAGCCAGCACAUGCUUGGACGACAACAAAUUGGCGGAAAUGUGCCUUCACUUGAAUUGUGGGUCAAUACAGAAGAGGAAUACCUUUGGUAAAAACUAA